AUCUCUUUUGACUUCCCCGUUUCAACGAUUUGUUUUGAUUUUCACUUUCGUUUCCUCUUCGAUCGUCGAUAAUCCCCCGUCCGUUGAUUUUUGCUCAUUCGAGCAAAGUCAACAACAAUAACACCAACAUCAAUCAACUAUAACCUCAAAAUCAAUUGAUCCGAACUUCACGAUAUCGCCAGGAUCGUGAAGAUAGCACUUCACAAUCAUGAGCACCAAAGACGCAUCCACCAGCAGCAGUGGCCAAAGUUUAUCUGGAUUAGUCGCAACUUUGGUACCUACCUUGAUUCUUGCCGCUGUUUAUUUCGUAAUCUUCUUGGUUUUACGAAGAAGUAAUGCACGAUGGUAUGCUCCUAGAACUUACCUAGGCGCAUUGCGUGAGGAGUAAGUAAACUCAGAAAGGGUCAGAGUUGGACCGAAGUAUUGACGUCAAAAUAGAGAACGGACAACACCACUGCCAUCAGGAUUGUUCAAUUGGAUUGGUCCUUUUCGUAAAAUUCCAGAUACAUACGCACUGCAACACCAAGGUCUUGAUGCCUACUUAUUCCUUCGAUUUUUACGAAUGACGGUGGUCAUUAUGUUUGUUGGUUGCUGUAUCACAUGGCCUGUUCUUUUCCCAGUCAAUGCUACUGGAGGAGGUGGAGCGAAACAACUUGAUAUACUCUCUAUGGGUAAUAUUGAUAGUUCUACAUCAUCUGGAAGGAAUCGAUACUAUGCGACCUGUUUCGUUGGAUGGAUCUUCUUUGGAUUGUAGGUCAACCUCUUGAGUCCCUUCUAUGAACCUAUGCGCUUCUCCUGAAAUCUUCCCAUUUCAAUUGAGACAUUGGAAGGUCUUCAUUGUCGAGGCAUUUGCUAAUAACCAAUUACUUAGUGUUCUUUUCCUUGUUACCCGAGAAACUAUCUAUUAUGUCAACCUUCGACAGGCUUUCUUACUCAACCCAGUUUUCGCAAAUCGUAUCUCAUCAAGAACAGUUCUCUUUAUAUCAGUUCCAGCAGCAUAUCUCGAUGAAGGCAAACUUCGAAAAGUCUUUGGGAGCUCAGUACGACACAUUUGGAUAGCUGCAGAUACCGAAAAGGUGGAGGAACUCGUCGAGAAGCGCGAUGAUAUUGCAUUGAAGCUUGAAAGUGCAGAGGUAAAUCUUAUCAAGACAGCAAACGGCGAAAGACUCAAGGCAAUCAAGAACGGCGCCAGUCAAGAAGAACAACCUGUCAUAGAUGAAAAUGGCGAAUCCGGAUCAUUAGCCGCUAGAUGGGUUCCUCAAAAGAAACGUCCUACACACAAGCUUGGCAAAUUUGGUCUGUACGGAAAGAAGGUUGACACAAUUGAUUGGGCUCGAAAUCAACUAGAAACUCUCAUCCCAGAAACUGAAACCGCACAAAGUACUUAUUUGGCCGGAGAGACUCGUAAGGUUGGAUCGGUAUUUAUUGAAUUCGCCCAUCAAUCGGAUGCCCAAAUCGCUUUCCAAACCCUCGCUCAUCAUCAGGCUCUUCAAAUGUCUCCCAGAUAUAUUGGUGUUCAUCCUAGGGAAGUUAUCUGGAAAUCUUUGACUAUCUCAUGGUGGCAAAGAGUUGUUCGAAGGUUUGCUGUUGUUGGAUUUAUCACGGCAAUGAUUGUUUUCUGGGCUAUUCCAGUUGCAGCCGUUGGUCUUAUUUCGAACGUUACAUACUUGGAAUCCUUUACUUGGCUGUCAUGGUUAAAGGCUGUGCCAAAUUGGAUUAUGGGUGUAAUCUCUGGUCUAUUGCCCUCCGUGGCUCUGUCGAUUCUCAUGUCCCUUGUUCCCAUUAUCAUGAGACGUAAGUUACCCUCGUCGAAAUCCGCAUGGACUAUGCUAACAUUGAAAAGUUUGCGCAAAACUUUCCGGUGAACCAACCACUGCACGCGUGGAACUCUUCACCCAAAAUGCAUAUUUUACCUUCCAAGUCGUUCAAGUUUUCUUGGUUGUAACUAUUGCCUCAUCCGCAUCAGCCGUCUUAUACCAGCUCAUCAAUAACCCAACGGGAAUCCUCAGCCUUCUUGCAACCAAAUUGCCUAGUGCUUCCAACUUCUAUAUUUCCUACUUUAUAGUUCAAGGAUUGACUGUUGCUUCUGGAGUUAUUUCCCAAGUUGCAGGAUUCUUCAUCUUCAAACUUCUCUAUAAAUUCUUGGCCGGUACUCCAAGAAAGAUGUACACGAAAUGGACCAGCUUGAGUGCAAUCUCCUGGGGUAGCACUCUUCCAGUAUUCACAAACAUUGCCGUGAUUGGCAUCACCUAUUCCUGUAUUGCUCCACUCAUCCUGGGUUUUGGAACCAUCGGCAUGGGUCUAUUCUAUCUAGCAUACCGAUACAAUAUUCUCUUUGUCACCGACGCUCAAAUCGAUACCAAAGGUCUCAUCUACCCACGUGCCCUCCAACAACUACUUACUGGAGUAUACCUUUCAGAACUUUGCUUGAUCGGUCUCUUCGCCAUUGGUAAAGCAUGGGGCCCAUUGGUCCUCAUGAUUCUAUUCCUCGUUUUCACCAUCUUAUACCACAUAUCUCUCAACGCAGCCAUGGAUCCUCUUCUCUCUACUCUCCCAAAAACUCUCGAAGCCGAAGAAGAAUCUAUGCGGGGUGAGCUGGAAGCCGGUAUGAGCGGUAGCCCAACCGUCUCCCAUGAGAAAAAUAACGAAAAGAACGGAACUAGCGACUUGGUACCGCAAUCCAAACCCCAAGGUGGCCUAUUUGCCAAAUUCUUCAAACCCCAUCUUUAUUGCGACUACGCUACCAUGCGUCAACUCGUCCCACACGAUAACAUUAACCCAGAAGAAUUGUACGAUGAAGUAUCAGCUCGAAAUGCAUAUUAUCCUCCCGCCGUUGUCUCUGAACCUCCUCUUCUAUGGAUCCCAAGAGAUCAGGCGGGAAUUAGUGCACAAGAGGUUGCGCAUACCAGUAAGGUUAUUCCAAUUACGGAUGAUGGGUGUACUCUUGAUGAGAAGAAUAAGUUGGUUUGGGAUGUUGAAGGAGCCAGACCACCACUUUGGCAACCUAAGAUUUUCUAUUAAACAGAGCAAAGGACAAGUGUUGUGAAGAUCUAUAAUGGGUCUCCUAGGACUAAUUUUUAUGAGAUUGAGAUGAGAAGAUUUUAUACCCCGGGAAAAUAUCGAAUUGGUGAAUUGAUGGAAGAGUAGAAUAGUGAGGGCUAGGUUGUGCCAAACUUCUUUAAUGUUUUUUUAGCUUAAUGCGGUGGUUGUUAUGGAUGAAUGGACAUGAUGAGAAAGAGACGAGACGUUCGUUCUCUUCCCAUCUUUGAUCUUUGAGAGUAGAUUGAUACCCUUGACUUGAUAUCAGCGGAGUGGAGAUGGAAUGGAACAGAGUCUAUUAGCCCUGUCUGUAGUCAAAAAUUAUCAUGAUGAAAUUAAUUAAUAUGAUUUGACUUGAUUUC